AUGAUGAUACAGGAGAAACUCAUGUCGGGACAGUUCCUAUUUGAUUUGAAAAAUGGUAACCUGCCGCUCACACAACAUGCGCUGCACCAAACACACGGCGCUCUCCCAGCCGCUACAAUUGAGCAGCUCGAACUCUACUCCGCCUACGCCUACCAACAACAGGCACAGCUGAUUGGCAGCACCGCACAAGCGGAGUGCGCUAGCCGACACCAAUCAGCAAGCGAGGUGCUCGAUCUCUCACGGCGCGAUUCCGUUGAGGCUGCAUCGGUACGUAAAACACCUUCCCCUUAUCAUACGAACUCGAGCAUCGGUGCCGAAUCGCCAGCGGGAUCACCAACACACCACAGCCAACAGCAGCAACAGCUGUUGCAAACAAAUUUGCUUUACAACGCUCAACAACAAAUGGGACGUCUUGCGCCGCCGCUAGCAUCCUUCUAUCCAGCAUUUUAUUCCUCAAUCGGUCUCGCCAAAGAAGCCACUGCAGCAACCACGCCACCAUUGGCAGCAGCGGUGACGCCACCAGCAUCAAACGCAUCGCUUUACACCGCACACACACAAGCCUCACCAAUCUCCAAUAAUUCGUUGGCUGUUGCGACCGCUGUUGCGGCUGCUGCUGCCGCUGCCAGCACAACGCCUAAUAGCAUGCUACACAAUCUCAAAACUGAACCAGAUGUGCACAUGACGCCACUCUCGCCCAGCUCCAGCCAUGAUGGACGCAGUAAAUCGCCCGCAAUGCAGUCCGCCAACGUUGCUCCCCACAAUCCAGCUACGCCAAACAGCAGCUCCGCAUUGAACCCGCUAAAGUCGACGCGCCCCUUCAAGGCCUUCCCACGCGAUCCGUUAGUUAUAGCCGCCAAUUUCGCCGCCACCGAUGUGCUAUUAGACAAUCCGCGUGUCGAACGCUAUACAGAGUACCGUAAGCGCGUACUGGAACAAAUACACAGCAGCAAUGGUGGUGCGCGUACCAUCACCAACCCAAAGAUGCGUCGCAUGAAUUCACGGCGCAACAGCAACUCCAGUAGCAAUGCGCCGGAGGGCGCCAGCAGUGAGGGUGAGGAACGGCAUGGCGCAGGCGCGGAUGAGUCCAGCGAUUGUGACUCCUCGUAUACUGGCGGUCAAGCGGAUAAAGUGAGUUCUUCAGCGCAUGCCAACAAUGGUGAGGAAAAUAAUAAUAUCGGCGCUGCCUACAGCAGCAGCUCGUCCGGUGGACAAGUAAAGGAUGCUGCUUACUAUGAGCGUCGCCGCAAAAAUAAUGCCGCGGCUAAGAAGUCGCGCGAUCGUCGUCGCAUAAAGGAGGAUGAGAUCGCCAUACGUGCUGCCUACUUGGAACGCCAAAACAUUGAAUUGCUCUGCCAAAUCGACGCGCUGAAAGCGCAGCUAGCCGCUUUCACAUCGAAGGCCGUGAGCGCGUGA